AUGUUGAAGUCGAUCUCAUCAUCAUCUGAUUUAAUCAUCAGACUCGACAGACCAACUUCAUUUAUUUCUCUUUCAGUGACUUCAGUGAAACCUCUGACUUUUUCGACGAUCAUGUCUCAUCCGGACAUGUACAAGGGUCGCUACAGCAGGCCGCUGCCGACCACCAACCUGGUUAGUGAUGAAGAUGACUUUCCAGAGUUUGAGGCUUUUGAUGAUGAUCCCACACCACGAGGACCUCAAGAUGGAUCUCUAUGGGUAGAGAAUGUCAACAUGUGUCAGCAGGUAAACCAACCGAAACACAACACGACCUCCUACAACACCACAAACCUGGUGGUCCGUCGCGGUCAGGAGUUCCUGAUGCUAGUCACCUUCAAUCGCCCGCUGAUGAAGGACGACUACUUCCAGGUGGAGUUCCUGAUCGGUACUAACCCUACACCCAAUAAGGGCUCCCUUGUGGCGGUGACCUUUGGCCCCAAUCCUGGCGGUCUGUGGUCGGGUCGGAUCCUGGACAAUGACAGUCAGGCCGUGAUGUUGGGCAUCACGCCGACGGCCAACGCCAUCGUGGGGAAGUUCCGUACGUACCUGGCCUGCAAGGUGAACGGCGGCCUGCAGCGAACCAGGAGGAACACCAGCACCGACCUGUACCUGCUGUUCAACGCCUGGUGUCCAGAGGACGCUGUGUUUCUUCCUAAUGAAGCAGAGCGGAGGGAGUACGUCCUGAACGACCACGGUGUGAUCUAUCAGGGUUCAGUGGGAUCUGUUAGUCAGCGCAACUGGAUUUAUGGACAGUUUGAGAAGGAUAUUUUGGACGCCUGCAUUUACAUCUUGGAUGUGUCUCUGAUGCCGAUCUACGACCGAGGCAACACCAUCAAAGUGAUCAGGAAGGGAUCGGCCAUGAUUAACUCUCACGACGAUAACGGAGUGUUGGUUGGUAACUGGAGUGACGACUUCUCGAUGGGCAAGUCCCCGUCAUCUUGGAUCAGCAGCUGCGGGAUCUUGUUGCAGUACUCCAGCACCAGAGUCCCCGUCUGCUACGCACAGUGCUGGGUGUUCGCCGGAGUCUUCAACACCUUCCUGCGCGCCUUGGGCAUCCCGACGAGGGUCAUCACCACCUUUAAUUCCGCUCACGACAACAAUGGAAACCUGAAGAUCGACCUCAUCUUCAAGAGUGAUGGCUCGCCGGACGACAACAGCACCAGUGACUCCAUCUGGAACUUCCACUGCUGGAACGAGGCGUGGCUCACUCGCCCCGACCUGCCGCCCGGCCUCGGAGGAUGGCAGGUGGUGGACGCCACGCCUCAGGAGAACAGCGACGGAUGUUUCCGCUGCGGUCCGGCUUCAGUGGCGGCCAUAAAGGAAGGUCUGCUGUGUCACCCGUACGACUCCGGCUUCGUCUUCGCUGAGGUGAACAGCGACAUGGUGUGCUAUAAGAAAGACCGCUACGGGACUCUGACCCCCUACAGGGUGGAGACGGCUCUGAUCGGCCAGCACAUCUGCACCAAGUCUGUGGGCUCGGACUACGCCAAUGACAUCACACACACCUACAAGUACCCUGAAGGAAGCCUUAAGGACAAAGAGACGAUGUCCAGGGCCGAACAAUACAACUGUCAGAGAGACCACUCCGAGCUCCCUGAGACACUUCUGUCCUCCAGCAUCACCGCACAGCCGGUCCAGCUGGGUCAGGACGUGAACCUGCAGGUGCACUUCAACAACCAGGGAGAACUCCAAGAAACCAUCCGGGUUCACCUGUCCGGGUGCGUGGUCUUCUACACGGGGGUCAGCGCCAACCACUUCAAAGACCACGACUUCAUCGUCACCGUGCCGGCCAAUCAGACGGUGAGCGAGCCGUUCACGGUCACGGCUCAGGAGUACAUGCCUCACCUGAGGUCUCAGGUCAGCCUGUACUUCGUUGUGACUGGACAAGCUGAGGACCAAUCAGUGACCUGCUUCAAGCUGGUCGACCUGCAGCUGCCGAGGCUCAACGUGACGGUGGAAGGAAAUCCUUGGGUUGAGCAUCAGAUGUUUGUGACGGUCUUCUUCACUAACCCGUUCACCUUUACUCUGGAGAACGUUCAGCUGACAUUGGGGGGAGCCGGACUGAUGAAUGAGAGGACGCGCAAGUACAGGUUCAUUGAACCCCAGGCUUCGAUCUCCUGUAAGGAGCCGUUCUCUCCUCGUCUGCAGGGAAACCACUGCAUGGUGGCCAUGAUGGACUGCACCAACCUGCGUCAGGUGACUGGAUCUAUUUACGUCAAUAUCAGUGCCUGAGGUGAUGAUUGGUCCACAGAGAUGUGACGCCCCGCCCCUCGCCAUUUCCACCAAUCACAGCAGCUUCAAUCUGAGGGGGCGGAGCCAAACCAGCCGCAAAAACCUUUGAUUUCUUCUUUAACUUCAUUUAGGAAACAAGUAACAGAGUUUUGAUAUUCUGAUCUGCUGACGGAGGAAACUUUGUGUAAAUGAGUUCAGUUAUUGAACUCAAAGGUCAAAGGUCACUGUAUUUAUUAUCAAAUUUAAAGAUUAUUUUAAUGGCACUUUUUAGGCAAAUUUAUUUUUAAUUGAUACAGUGAACUCAGUAUGAAUACAUUUUUAAACAAAUCAUAUUUUAGAUUCUUAAAAUCUUCAUUCAAACACAUUCAAAUAAAACCUUUUUUCCAUUUUUUUUCUGAAUCAGUUUCAUCAGAUCUCUGACAGAAUGAGCUGAUAUGAAAUAUUGAUCAACCAGGA